CGGGGGCGGCUCCCGGGGGCGCGCAUGUCCGGCCCCGCCCGUUAAAUUCCGGCGGGCCGGGCCGGGCCGGGACCACCGGGCCUGCCCCUGCUGCUCUCGCCAUGGCCACUGAGGCCGAGCCCGGCCGCCGCCGCCGCUGCUGCGGGCAGGACACGCCCGAUGUUCCCAAGGUCCCGGAUCCCCGCGGCGACAGCGACGGCCCCCGCCGGGGCUCCCUCUGCGAGCGGCACUGCGCGGCCAUCAACAACGACCUGGGGGACCUGGGCUGCCACCUGCACCGCCCCCGUGUCCCCACAGCCGUGUCCACCCCGUCCUGCUGCCAGCAGCACUCGGAGGAGGUGUGCGAGAGCUGCGUGCUGAAAACCACCCUGACGGCCGAGAACGCCGUGGAGGCCAACAAGCUCUCCAACAACUACAAGUUUGGCUUCAAGAAAUGGAAGAGCCACGUGACGGCACGGCCCUGGGAGGACCGAUCAGAGAUUGUCAAGGAGCUCUACUCUGACCUCACUGUCAUCCGAGGCUCUGCAGGGUCCACGCUGACCUGUGGGAAUGUCCUUUACCUGCUGCUCUUCGGCUGGUGGCUCUCGCUCCUCUACGUCCUCGUGGCUGCCGUGAUGUUCGUCACCGUCAUGGGGGCUCCUUAUGGGCAGCUCUGCUGGGACCUGGCCGGGUAUUUCCUCUGGCCCUUUGGCAAAGUGAUCCAGCAAGUGGAGGUCCCCAAAUCCCAUCAGGCGUGUGAGGCCGGCGUGGGGGAGAGCUCAGCGCUGCUCGGGGGUCCCACGCCGCUGCGCUGGCGCCCACCGUGCUGGGCGGGCACUGGAUACUGGCGCCGUGUCGGCACCGCGGUGUGGCUGUGCCUGGGCUACCCGGCGCUGGCGCUGGCCCACGGGCUCGUGUGUGUCACCGCGUGGCUCCUCAUCGUCCUCAUCCCCGUGGCCAAGCUGAGCGCCCGCGCCGCCUCCCGUGUGCUGCUGCUGCCCCCGCAGCGCGUGCUCGUCCGGCGCCUGAGGACGACAGAGGUGCCUCUGGAGGGAGAGGUGAUUCUGUGCUGCUACCGCGCCGCCAACCCCUACUACUACAAAUACGCCGUGGACGGCAUCAACGUCUUUGCUGUCAACCUGCUGCCCCUGGUGCUGGUGACGCUGGUGCUGGGCUACGUGGACAGCCCCAACCACCUGACCGGCUCCGCCGUCAAGUUCACCUUGGCCCUGCUCUCCAUCAUGCCCCUCUCCUACUACAUCGGCAUGGCCAUCGCCAGCAUCUCAGCCCAGAGCAACUUCGCGGUGGGGGCGGUGGUGAACGCCACGUUCGGCUCCAUCACCGAGCUCACCUUCUACAUCACCGCCCUCAUCAAGGGCUCGCGUGAGGGCAACCGCUGCUACGCCGAGGUGGUGAAGUCGGCGUUGACAGGGACACUGGUGGGCUGUGUCCUCUUUGUGCCGGGUCUGUGCAUGGUGAUCGGGGGCAUCCGGCACCAGGAGCAGCGGUUCAACAGCCGCUCCGCAGGCGUCAGCUCGGCCCUGCUCUUCCUCUCCGUGGGAGGUGUCUUUGCCCCAACGCUCUUCUCCAAGGUGUACGGGAAGCUGGUCUGCGGCGAGUGCCACAACGUCACCCAGAACCCACUGGGACACUACCUCUGCCACAACUGUCACUUCGACCUGAUGGACAACAACGGCACCCUCUACUACAGCCACGUCCAACCCCUGGUGUACACGGUGUCCAUCCUGCUCCCUGCUGCCUACCUCAUCGGGCUCUUCUUCACCCUCAAAACCCACACGCACAUCUACGACAUCCACAUCAGCGACUGUCACAUGCCUGGCCACCACCACAGCGCCGUGGUGCACUGGUCCCGCUGGCGGGCCCUGCUCAUCCUCCUGCUCUCCACCCUCUGCAUGUCUGCCUGUGCUGACCUGGCCACGGAGCACAUCAGCCCCAUCCUCACCAACUCCACCAUCUCCCAGUAUUUCAUCGGUGUCACCGUGCUGGCAAUGGUGCCCGAGCUGCCGGAGAUUGUCAAUGGCAUCCAGUUUGCCCUGCAGAACAAUCUGAGCUUGAGCAUCGAGAUCGGGAACUGCAUCGCGGUGCAGGUCUGCAUGCUCCAGAUCCCCAUCCUGGUGCUCUUCACCAUCUUCUACCCCACCAACUUCACGCUGGUCUUCAGCGACCUCCACGUCUAUGCCAGCAUGUUCAGCGUGGUGCUCAUGAACUACAUCUUCAUGGAUGGCAAAUGUGACUAUUUCCAAGGCACGGUGCUGGUGAUGGUUUACUUCAUCCUCCUCGCCGUGUAUUUCUUCGCCCCCUCGCCCAGUGGCUGCUGAGGUUUGGACUCUCCUUUCUCCAACCCCCUCGUUGGGAUCAGCACUGCCAAGACCUUUCCGGUGUCUCAGGGACUCGGCCGGGCUGGCUCCGGUCUGGAAGCGCCGUUUCCUGGAGCUCCUGCUGCUGCUGGGCUCCCCCGGGGGGCUCCAGGGAUGGGAAGGGGGGUGGCAAUGGUGAAAUGAGGAGCCUCCCAGCCAGAGCACGUCACAGAGGCAUCUCCAGCCCACGCUCGAGUGGCUGGAGGGAGAACUGUCCUCGGAGGAGGGUCUGGAAGGGGAUUUCUGUGUGACAGAGCCCUCCCUGGGGAUGUGCUGCACUGAGAGGAGGUGCCUGAGAAGUCCCUCAUCCUCCCGGGCCUGGAGGGGCCUGGGAAUUGCACACGGGAUGUUUGAUGGCACCAGAAAUGCACCCAAAGGUAUUUUCGGCUGUUUUGUCAUUAAAGCAGUUUUGUACGAAUCAGAAACAGGUUUGUUUCUCCUUGAAUGAGCCUCAGCCACCAGCCUGGGCCCCUCCAUGGCCUCCAUUCCCUGUCCUCUGUCACCUCAGCCCAGAGAAGCAGGGGUGGCUGUGGGCUCCAGCUUUCUCCGUGACCCUCCCAAAGCUCCAGCUCAUUUCCAGCCUGGCCUUGUCCGACUGUCCUCGGUCCUCCUGCCUUUGAGGUCUGUCCCAGAGUCCAAAGGAUGCUCCUGGUGUUGUCCACCGGGUGUGACAGGCUGGGGACAUCUCCCUCCACGCAGGGAAACGCCAGUGAAUGUGGUGAGAGGACAAAGUUGGGGCUUGGAUUGAUUUAUUAUCUUUAAAAACAAAAAUUACCCCAAAGCAAUACACUGACAGAUCAAUUAACACAGGCAAGGAGGCUCUGGUGCUUCUUCCCCCUCCCCUGUUCCAUCAGACAGAAACCAGGGAAUGCUGGCACGGGAAUGUUGGAGCAUGAAAGGCUGGACAGCCCUGAGUGAGGCAGGGAGCAGCCUGGGAUCGCCCUCCUCGUUAGCAAUUAAUGAAGCAGCUUCAUGAAGCCUUUUUGUUUUCCUAGUGAGGCUCAGCACAGACAAUCCUGCUGUCCUCAGUCUGGGAGCACUGCCGGGUGAGUAGCUGGAGCUGCUGAUGGCAGGACAGGGGAGGAUGGAAAAGGGGAGCAGAAGCUGUAGGAGAACCUGCUCAGUGCCAUCUCAUUACUGAGGUGAAACAAAGCAUCUCUCCUGGGGUGAGGGAUGCUCGGGAAUCCCGUUCUGAGCUGCCUUUCCCUGUCUCCUUACAUCCUGUCCCCAUCCCAGGCAGCACUGUGGGUGCUCUUAUCCCUUUUCCAGCAGUUGCUGCAGGUGCUGGAUCCUUUCCCUCUCCCUCAGGGAAUUGGAAUUAAAGCUUUUACCCACAGGGAGUGGCCCAGCAGCGAUUAAAGCCCCCUCAGCAGGAGCUGUGAGCUCAGUGCUUAAACCAAACCAUUUUUUUAGCAGGAGCAGCCUCCAAGGAUCCUUGUGUCCCUCAUGCAGCAGCCAGUGGAGGUUAUGGAAUGGGAAAGACCCCUGGAAAUCCAUCAGGGGUGAUGCUUGUACAGCUUCUCUUAGCAAAAGGGAACUCCCUGGGCCUUUGUGGUUCCCCUGGUGAUGCUUUCCCAGCUCCUGGGGGUGGAGGGGUCUGCAGGGAUCAAGUCCAGCUCCUGCCCUGCCCAGGACACCCCAACAAUCCCACCCCGGCUCUGAGGGUGUUGUCUGAACACUCCUGGAGCUCUGGCAGCUGUGCCACUCUCUGGGGAGCCUGGCAGAGCAGGACAACCCCCUGAUGUCCCCAGGACAGAGAUGUCCCCAGGACAGAGAUGUCCCUCCUGGCUCCAGGGCGCUGCUGGCUCAGGACCCCCAGGUCCCUUCCCACAGCCUGUCCUGGACACACUUUGCUGAAGUCUGAAGAUUCCAUCUCCUGCUCUCCGCAAUCCAGGUGGGCUGUGCUGCUGUAGUAACAGGAAAUCAGGGUGGCCAGGCAGGACUUCCCUCUCCUGAAGCCGUGCUGGCUGUGACCCGUCUGUGUUGUCCACCAGAGGUUUGUUCCAUACUUCCCAGAAUAAUCUUUUCCAGGAUUUCACCAGGCCCUGAAGUGAGACUGACAGCCCUGUGGUCUCCAGGGUCAUCCCUUGAGAACUGGGACCAGUUUCCAGCCAGCUGAGACCAGUCCAGAGUCCCAAGACUGCUCCAAAACCAUCGAGAGAGGCUCUGUGACAGCUUCAGAGAAAGCUCCAGAGUAAGGAAAACCCAAGAACCUAAGGAAUGAGCUUGCUGAGAGAUCCAGGCUUGGAUGGCUCCAGUAUCACCUUGGGGAUGAGGGAGAUGCUCCUUAAAGCAGGUGAGAGAAAACCCACACAGGGAUGACCAGGCUGCUCCAGGGUAAAUGUCCCACGAGGCAAAGACAGAGGGGUGGAUAGUCAGCCUCAGAGUCUGGGAUAGAAGGAGCUGGAAAAUGGAAAAUUCUGCAGGUCACUGCAAGCCAGAGCAGGAGGGCAGGGAACCCUUCCUCAGCCCACAGCUGGCUCUGGAUUCAGCAGCCACGGAGGUGGGAAGGGGCUGAAAUGCACAAUUCCUGCAAAGGUGCAAUGCAAGGAAAGGAGACACUGGAGCUCCCAGCAGCUCCCACCAGUUCCUGUGGUCCAAGCACCUGAGAAAGCCUCGGCUGUGAUGUCCAGCCUUUGUUUUUCUGUGCCUUGAAGGGAGGA